AUGACAGAAACACCCGCAAGCAUCAUUGCCCAGUUGGCCAGCUACGAUGAGAAGAGCUUGACCGACGACCGCCAGGCGCGGACAGCAGCGCUGACCCUGUCCGAGAAGUUAUCGACAUGCUUGCAGGACCCAGGCCUAUACGCCUGGAAGACUGCUCUAUCCCCGUUGAGCAAUUUAGCCGUCCGAGUCGCCAUUGACCUUGACAUCUUCUCCCUUCUCGCCGCCGAGAGCAAGCCCGUCUCGUCCACGUUCGUCGCCGCCGCCACGCGCAGCGACCCGGCGCUCGUGCACCGGCUCCUGCGCGCCUGCAGCAGCAUCGGCUUCGUCGGCCAGAGCGGCGACGGCGGCGACGCGUGGUCCGCCAACGCCGUCACCCGCAAGAUGGCCGUCGGCGCCAUGGCCGCCUGGCACCGGAUGUUCUGGGACCUGGUCGUGACGGCGGCCGUCCACGGCCCGCCGGCCCUCCGCGACAACGGCCAUCGGAGCCCCGGCGAGGCUGGCUUCACGCGGCGCGCCUUUGGCGGCGCGCUCGACUACUUUGGCCUAGUGCAGAGCAUGCCGGCGACGAACCGCGACUUCAACGACGCCAUGACCCUCGAUACGGGCGCGCCGGAGCCGUGGUUCCGCUGGUUCCCGGUCGAGGAGCGGCUCCUCGCCGGCCUCGCCCAGGACGACGCGCCGCUGCUGGUGGAUGUGGCGGGCGGCAGGGGCCACGACGUCCAGGCCUUUCAAGAGGCCUUUCCGGGUCGGGGCCGGCUCGUGCUGCAGGACAUGGCCCAUGCCAUUGGCAGCAUCGGCGGGGGGCCCGUGGCGCCGCCGCUCGACGCCGCCAUCGUCCGGCAGACGCACGACUUCUUCACCGCCCAGCCCGUCCGCGGCGCCAGGGCGUACUUUUUGCGCCGCGUCCUGCACGACUGGCCCGACAGCUGCUGCCUGCGCAUCUUGAAGGAGCUGCGCGGUGCCAUGCGGCCGGGCUACUCCAAGCUUCUGAUCCAUGAGGCGAUUCUUCCGGACUCGGGAGCGACGCGGGCUCAGUGCGAGUUUGACAUGACCAUGAUGGUAGUCAAUGGCGGGCUGGAGCGCUCCGAGAGGCAGUGGGCGGAGCUGUUGGCCGAAGCUGGAUUCGAGGUCGUUCAGUUUUGGCAAAAGUAUCCGGAUUCAGAGGGGAUCAUAGAAGCCAUAAUUAGUCCUCUAUAG